AUGUCACAACGAGGGCGUACGCUGAUACUCGAUCUUGGCGACGUACUAUUCCACUGGUCGACCCGCGAGCUGACUGCUCUUCCACCUCAAGACUUCCAUUCAGUCAUCCUGUCACCAACAUGGACCGAGUUAGAGCGCGGUAGCAUCGAUGAGCCCAGAGCUCUUGGAAUUAUUGGCGAGGAGUUAUCCAUCGAGCCGGCAACGAUCAGCGAAGCAUUCAAGCAGUGUCGCAAAACACUACGUGUCGACCAUGACCUACUUGGAAAACUCAAAGAGCUCAAAGCGGAGAUGAACGGCCAUCUCAAAAUUUACGCAAUGAGCAACAUCGCUAGAGACGACUUCGCACGCCUCCAAGCCGUGUUAUCUGACUGGAGCUUGUUCGACGGCGUUUACACGUCUUACGAGGCCGGUAUGACGAAGUUUGAGCUCGGUUUCUUCGAGCACGUCCUCAAGAGUAUUGGAUGUAGCGACCCAACAUCUGCAAUCUUCGUCGAUGAUAAGCAUGGGCAAGUCAAUACGGCUCGCUCUUUCGGCAUUCAAGGUAUCGUCUUUGAGUCUGGAGAUAAGCUCAUGCGUCAACUGCGCAGCCAACUAUUCGACCCCGUUGAGCGAGCUCGUCAGUACAUGGCCGACCAUGCCGGAAAACAUAUGUCUCGUAUCGAGAACGGCCCUGAUCUUCAUGAAUUCUUCUCCCAGUUCAUCAUUCAUUAUGAGCUAGCUGAUGAAAGCUUUCUCAGCCUUUCGCCACCCAAUGCUGAGCCUGAUGAGGUUGAAGCCGCCAUUGGCCAAGCUCGCAAAGAGGCUAAGAUGUGGAACUACUUCAACGGCCCUCCCAUUGGUACGACGAAGACAUGUAAGUUGCUCGACGAACUUAUCGUUAUGGAAUGUAUUCUAAUCUCACAAUGCUAUGUAGUCCCUGAUGAUGUCGACACUACUGCAAAUGCUCUGCUUGCAUUCUCACCACCCUCUUCUUCGACUGACCCCGUAUUGGAUCGCAUGCUUCAGAAUAGACAUGCGCAAGACGGGGUCGCCUUGACAUACCUCUGCGACAAGCGACCUCGCUUAGAUCCUGUCGUCCUCACUAACGUCAUCCGCGUCUUCUACAAGUACAACCGUGGAGCAGAUGUCAAGCCCGAGCUCGACUACGUUCGUCGCAUUCUUCUGAACCGUGGCUACAUUGACGGCACGGACAUGUAUCAAUCCGCUGAUAGCUUCCUAUACUUUUUGUCCUGUCUUAUUGAAGCAAACGACACCGCGCCCGAAAUUCGGUCUCUCGGGGAGCCGACAGCUGCUGCGCUUCGAGAAUACGUUGGCCGUCGUGGAGACUCUUUCGCCGUCACCGCACGUGUUUUGGCGUGUCAGAAACUUGGGGUGUGGGCGCAACCUGACAUUGAGUAUCUCAAAGAGUUGCAAGAAUGUGAUGGCGGCUGGGAGAUUGGAUGGGUGUGUCGAUUUGGACGGAGCCAUAAGAGGAUUGGUAGCAGGGGCGUACCUACGGCGUGGGCCAUCAAAGCACUUGAGAACGAAGCUCAGGCUUUAGUUGAACAGGAACGUUAA